CUUUGCCUCCCUUGGCACCUUCCCCCCAUCCUUGGCACCUUUCCCAUUGGGUGGCAUUCUUGAAAAUACCCUUUGGAGAAAAUGAAUGGGACAACUGGAAAGAUAACUUCUAGCUAGCCAUCUACUACAAGACAGGCUUAGUCGUGAUGUUUCUGCUUUAUCACAAAUGUGCGCUAAACUGCGCGGAAGUAAACGAGAAAUUGCGCAUGCAUCAUCCAGUUUAGAUGUUUUGAACAAUACUCAUUUCCUAUACGCACCGUUUUAUAUUAAAUCGUUUUCCAAUGCAUAUUGAUUUUAAAAAGCUAUUUAUGAUGUGUGCUCACUGGGUUUCCUUGGGGUAAAUUACAAUGUUAAGCUUCACUGGAAAAGUUUCUGAACGCAACAGCAUUUYGACCAAUAAAAAACCCUGUUAUUUACCGGGUGGGCUGAGCCAGACGGUUACUAUGGGAAUCCGACUAAACACAAGGUUCAAGGUGACAUUUGUUUUUGUUGUGCUAGAGUUUCUCUGAUACAAGUACUUGUAAUUCACACCAAGACAUGGAAUGUAACCUUUUUAAAAUCUCAUUAAUUGAGAUGGCUGAUAACUAAUGAACAUUUUACUAACGAUAAUGGAAUUGUACAAGAAGAUUAUGUGUCUGGGAAGAGGUGGCGCAGCAGAAGUAUUCCUGAUGAAACACGCGGAGUCUAAGAGACUGCAUGCAGUGAAAAGAAUACAAGCAGACGACUCUCGCAAAACAAAGACCAAAGAGGCCAUCCUACAAGAAGCUGAAAUCAUCAGGAAGCUGAAACACCCUCACAUAGUGACCUGCAGCGAGGCUCUCUUUGACUCAAAUGAUGGAUACAUCUAUAUAGUCAUGGACUACUGUGAUGGAGGGACACUGGAUGACAAAGUCAAGGAGAGAAAGACAGGGGACUAUUUCCCAGAGUGGAUGAUAAUGGAGUGGUUUGUACAGGUUACCAUGGCAGUCAGCUACAUUCACUCAGCUAGAAUCCUCCACCGGGACAUCAAAACCUCCAAUGUGCUUCUAACUAAGAGAGGCGUGGUAAAGGUGGGGGACUUUGGGAUAUCCAAGAUAAUGACCAACACAGUGGAUAUGGCUCGUACCUGUGUUGGUACCCCCAGCUACCUGAGUCCAGAGCUGUGCCAGGACGUCCCAUACAGUUCUAAGUCUGAUGUCUGGGCACUGGGAUGCUUGCUGUAUGAGAUCUGUGCUCUCAGACCGCCGUUUGCUGCCUCCAACCUGCUCAGUCUGCUCUGUAAGAUCAUCAGAGGAGAGUACAGCCCUGUUCCCCAGACCUACUCAGACAGCAUCACCCCUCUGGUCCAGAUACUGCUCUGUCCGGUGCCUGAGGACAGACCUAGUGCUGGAGCCAUAUUGGACAUGAUCUAUGUACGGGAACAUCUCAGAGAGUUUGUCAAGCACAGGGAGAUAGAGUUAGCAGUGUAUGAUAAUGUAGACUCCAGAUCCAUACCCCUCUCUAGUUGGGUCUGUGAGUCUGUGAGAACAUCUGGCUCUGUGAGUUCACCUGCAGAUAAGAGCAUGGCCGUGACUGCAGAAUGGAAGGAGGACAGCAGCAGUCACAAGGGUGAUGUGGUCAGCGUAGGCCAGUCUGACUACUCUGAGGACUUUGAUGACGACAACAGCUUGUCUUCCAUAGAGGAACACAGAGAGGACGAGGCAACCUCUACACCUGUUAAUGCUGUCACGGAGGAUGUCUCUAUGGAAGCUAAUGUGACCCCUGAAGUGGAGGCCCCUAGUGAGUACCCUGAUGACUUUGAGGAGGAGGAAGACGAGGAUGUGAUGAUGGUGGUCCACUAUGCCGGCGCUGCUCUGGAGCUCCCUGCAGAGGGUGAUGGGGAGGAGUUUCAGCUGAGGGACGCAGGGGGUGUGGCUGUCACGCUGAAGACUUUGAGAGACAGCUAUAUCAUGGAGGGCAUCGGCCCCUCUCUCUACGAGCAGAUCAGCGAACACUUUGAGAACGGUCUCAGCCCUGAAGACCAGCAGUCACACUUUAAACACACGCUGGGGACCUGACCACCUGGAAAACUGCAAUCUCAUAUUCACUCUCAACCAAGAGGGUAAACUCUCUUAAAACAUUUAAAUGGUGGAACCAACCUCCAAACCUGGACUUCUGAUGCACCAUGACAUUACCUGUAGGCCUACAAUGCCGCAAGUUUAUGUUGGGGAAUGAUUUGUCAUCCAUCAUGGUUCCUAACAUUGUAAACAGAAGAGGGUGCUAWCAGGCUUUUAAUUGAAACUGUGGAGGGGGAAAUACCCUGAGUUACUGUGGCAGUUCACAGCCCAAACUGAUUUGAGGUUUCAUGACACCGGUAGCAAGUUAAAAGAUCAGAGGAGAUACCACCUUGAAGUGUGAACAUCUGUGGGUAAGACAGUGAGAACACCCUCCUUCAAAAUACCUUGAAGUGAAGUAAGCAGAAAUCUAAAGGGUUUUUUGUUGGUUCCCGCCUGGAAGCAGUGGAACUGUAGAAAGUGCUUGAAAAAUAAAGAAAAUUGAUUCACUUAUGAUGUCAAGUAGAAACUUUCCUUAUUUAUCUAUUUAAUUACUUCCAUGUAAAUACAUUUCUAUGUUGUCUCAAAAUGUUUUACUUCAUGUACUACUGAAGAAGAAAUCCCAUUUAUUUUUAYUGAAAUGUUUGGCAAUAUGCUAAA